AUGUCAUUCGCAGCGUCGGAUGCAGAGGAGCUGUUGGGUUCGGAGAAUGACCCCACCCCCUCACCAUCAUCCGCACCCAGCCCCUCCAAAAACGAACGCUUUAUGGAGGCACGGAAAUCGUCCCAGGCUAUGCAUUAUUUCCUGCCUAAGCGCUCCAGCUCCGCUGCUGCCUCAGCUCACCCAAAAUCUGCGCCGACUCAGCAGCCUGCGAAGCCAGCACCUGCCGCUCCCGCUGUUCAGCCCGCUAAAGUGCAGCAGACACGGUCUGCUGAUCGCAGCAUUGUGUACUGUUUACGGUGCUACAAGCCACAGGAGAACCUCCCUGUUCACCUGGCUAGGGUUUGUAUGAAAUCUUGCAUGCCAGAGGAAAGAUCUGAUGAGCUGCAGAAGGCCAAGACAUCCAACAGGGAGUGGAUCCGCAAUAACAGGACCUGGGAUUACCACCAGCUUUGUGAGAUUCUGCCUGACAGGCACUCUCGGGUCAGCAUGGUGAAGGAGCUUCUCCGGCGAGGUUUCUUCAUCAAGAACCAGCCUGAUGACUCUGAACUGGUCUUAGACCCUGUAGGUGCCACCACAACCACCACCACUGUGAUCGCUCCCAGCACUAAAGAUUCCCAAAAGAUUUUGAAAGCUGCAAAAGCAGACUUCCUCCAGAUCUAUGGGAACCUGCUGAAGGGCAGUGAGGUCCCGAAUUCUGAAAAGACGAUGUACCGUUACUACUGUGAGGCAAUCUUAAUCUACCAUCACCAUCAGUGCCCAAGAGCUGUGGAAGGCUUGAUGGAUGCAGAGUGGGUGGCCAGGAUACAGCAUGGUGGCAGGGUUGUGACUGGCGUCAGCAGCCGCAAAACAUCAGCAACAUUUGCCUUGACCAAUAGAGAGGAAGCUUGGUUUCAGAUGUACUUUCAAAAGAUUAGGCCUGAACACAUUCGGCCUGAAAAAGUCUGCAACAACUUUUUUGUUUCAUCCACUGGUGAUGCUGUUCACAAUGUGUCACAAGACAUGAAUCGCCUACAUGAAAUGUAUAAGCUACCCAUGUUAAAGAGUCAAGAUGUGCGGAAGGCCAUUGAGGCUGCUGCAAAAACGCUCCUAGCGCACCAUCAGGACGCCAUAAAUGAUUAUCUGGCACAUAGAGCUGGUGUGGUCCAAACACAUAGAAUGCGACAGCCUCAGUUUGUUGUGGACACAGCUGUGCUGCUGGACUCCUUGGCGGGCUUUACUUCAGACGAUGACCCAAACAGUCCCGGAACAAGCAUGGAAUGUAACCCUUCGACCAAAGACUUCUCUGCCUUUGUGACCAGAUUUCCUGUCUCACUGGACGGUCAGCCACCGAGCAAAAAACAGCAGGUCGAUGAAGGGUUUCCUGAAGACCGUGUAUUUUAUGACAGGUGGCGAAGCUCCCAGUUUGUCAAGAGAGAGGAGUAUCUGCUUUCACAAUUCACACACCGCAAGCCUUCAGCCGCAAUUGUGGCAAGGCUGAUUGCGAAGGAAGGGUGGAAGGCCAACCAUCCAAAGCCUGAAAACAUCGAGCUGUUGUGGAAACCAGCUCCCAAGGUCGCCAUUGAAAGUGAUGAAAUUAUCAUCAACAAUGUCUCUCAGCAGACCUGGAGAGGCCUUGCCAUUAAGGACUUUGGACCCCAGCAAGGUCUAGGAGUGGUUGCAACCCGGAGGUUUUCCAAAGGUGACAAUGUCUGCAAUUACCACGGGAAGGUAAUCACUGCUGCAGCAGGGAGAGCCAUGGUCCAAGACUUAUGUGAUGAGGCCGGGCACCUGUUCUUUUUUAAAUCUGGAAAGAGAGACUUGUGCAUGGAUGCUCAGACGUUCCCCUGUGAGUGUCAUCCCAAGGCAGACACAAUUGGAAGAAGGAUUAAUCAUUCCUCAAAUAUGCCCAGCCUGAAGCCUCUUCACUGUGUCAUAAAGGUGGAUGGAGAGGACAGGGAUGUCAUCCUAUUCAGAGCACUGCAGGACAUCAGUGUGGACACACAGCUAAAAUUUGAUUAUGGUGUUAGGAGACAGUCUUUUAGAGGAGAGGGUGUGGACCUGGAUUGGCUGGAUGAGUAG